AAUUUCAAGAAAAAAAAGUUGAAUUGGAAUUUUUAUCCUGCUUCUGCCAUCAUUAUUGAGAAGGAGCAUUCUGAAAAGAUGCCAGGCUUGAAACGUAAUGGAGGGAACGGGAGUGGUACCUCGGGUCAAAACAACAAACGACCAAGACAUGAUGAAUCGGUCAAGAGUACCACACCUUCCACCUCAGUCCUUCGAUCAGAAGAGAUUGAUUUCCCACGUGGCGGAGGAUCAAAAUUGACACAAUUUGAACAUAAACAAGCAUUAAGAGAAGUAGAUCAAGAAGCAAGAGAAAAAAGAGCGGCAAAGAAAGCACUGCAAACUAGCACACCUACGGCAGAUGAUGAAUUGUUCAAAGACCGAAAGAUUGAACAAAAACGGAAAGCGAAUCGAGAAAAGAAGAAUGCUGAACGUAAAAAACGAACAGUUGAUACCACAAAGAAAUCUAAAGGAAAAACCGAUGACACAGAAACUACCGCUGAAGAGAAAUUAGCAAGAGUUGAAUUAUUGAACUAUAAAAGAUUGACAGUAGGAACAAGACUUUUAUGUUCUGUUUUGGCCGUUCAUCCUUUGGCUAUCGUUGUCAGUCUACCCGAUCAGCUUUUGGGACACAUUCCGAUCACGAACAUCAGCGAGACAUUCACACAGAGGUUAGAAGGUAUGGCUGAUAGCGAUGAAGAGGACGACGAAGACGAAAGUGAUGAUGACGAAGAGAAGGAUGUAAGCAAGAAAUCAGGUGUGCCUGAACUACGUGAUAUGUUCUCUGUCGGGCAAUGGAUUCAUGCAUCUGUUGCUGCCCUACAAGCACCAGGUACGACAAAGCAGACAAGAGGACGAGAGGGAGGAGAGUACGAGCAAGAGUCUCAAAGGGUCGAAUUGACUUUGGAUCCAACUGUCGUCAAUGAAGGAGUUAGUGUAUCAGACCUCUCGACAGGAUUCACCCUUCCACUCUCUGUGAAGAGUAAAGAAGAUCAUGGAUAUUUGAUGAACACAGGAAUUGAAGGGGUGAGCGCAUUUAUCUCAUUCAAAGAUGCUGGAAAGAAGGUUUUGGAAGAGGGUCAAGUCGUUCAAGCAUUUGUUUCUGCACUUGCAGACAAUCAACGAUCAUUCUCUGCUACAAUUAAUAACCCGAAAUACACUUCAACAGCAAUUACUGUGCCACCAAGUGCUCGUGCGUUGUUGCCUGGCAACUUGCUCCAAGUUUUGGUUACUGCAACUUCCAAUCAAGGAAUCAACGUCAAGGCUUUUGGAAUGUUUGACGCAACAAUCUCUUCCCUUCAUAUGGAGCAUGAUGAAGACUACCAAGUGGGGCAAAAGAUCAAAGCUAGAAUUCUUUGGGAGCAAGGACCGGAAUUGGAUGACGUCCGCGACGAUGUAGCAAGCCGAAAGAUCGCAAUGAGUGCAGCACCCUCUGUUCUCAGCUUAUCAUCUCGUUCUACAAUUCCAGAAAAGUAUCCAAUCGGAGCACGUGUACAGGCAACUGUUCUCAGUACCAUUGAAGAUUGGGGUUUGAUGUGUGUGAUCAAAGGAGAAGAUGAAACAAAAGCCUUUACACACAUCUCUGCAUGUUCAGACGAUCAUGUUGUUUCUUUGCCCGCUACUACAGGUCGAUUCAAGAUAGGAACGUCACACGCAGCCCGUGUUGUUGGACAUUCUCUCACCGAUGAAAUCGUUCGACUUUCUUUCCAACAGAGUAUCUUGGACCGAGCGUUCAUGCGAGUAAGUGAGGUGAUGGUUGGAGAAGCAAUCAAAGCAACAAUACGCGUUGUCAAUCCUAAAGCUAUUGUGCUCAACAUCAAUGGAUCCGUGGACGGAGUCGUGUUCCCAGCUCACUUUGCUGAAGUUCCUCUAAAGAAACCGGAAAAGAAAUACAAAGUUGGUCAAUCUGUAAGCGCACGAGUUCUCAAGGUUGAUCCCGAGCAGAACAGAAUCGUUUUGACCCUUAAGCGAACAUUAGUACAAAGCACUUUGAGCACUGUGGCUAAUAUGCAAGAUGCUCGCGUUGGUGUCAUCACACAUGGUACUAUUGGACGUAUAAUAGAAGGCAAUGUUGGACCUUCUGCUCUUUUGGUUGAUUUAUUUGGUCAGAUACGUGCUUACGUUCCCAUCAAUGAAGCAUUGGAGAACAGCUCAAAGAUGUCAGCUGAAUCAAUCAGAUCAUCGUUCUUUGUCGGACAAUGCGUCAAAGUUCGUCUAACAAGAGUUGAUUAUGAAUCCGGUCGUGUAUCCGGUAGUAUUCGUCAAGCCAGUGAAAGCUACUUGAAAAGACUUAAUGUCGAUGUUGUCAAUGUGGGCGAUUCUGUUGAUGGUAAAUUGGCAGCUGUUCAUCAAGAUGUUGUCGUUUUGGAGUUACAACCGAGCAACGUUCGUGCUUUGUUGGGCUUGAACACGCUGGCAAAGAUGCGAAGCUUGGACGUUGAAUCACUGCGACAACAAUUGACUGAAGGAGAAUUGAUCAAUGACUUGAAGGUUCUGGACAAGAAAGCCGACAGGGGAAUCGUGAUCGUUGGAAGUCAAAAUAGCUUACCCUCUGUGCAAGAUGCAGAUCUGAGCGUAGGCAAGGUCGUCACAGCUCGUGUAUAUGGGCGGGAUGGCAAUGCUGCCCUCUUGAAUGUCGGAAAAAACGUUCGCUGUCGAUUGCAUGCUGUUGAUCGAGCAGAUGAUUAUGGAUCGAGUGAUCAAAACGCUGAUACGCUACUUCCUGCUAAAGAUGAAACGAUACAAGUCAAGCUCUUGAAUCUUAAAGGAAUCACAAACAAGCGAGCAGAAGUUUCUACCAGGCCAAGUGUCUUGCAAGGAGACGGCGAUAGUAGUGCUGAUAUUCGUGAUCCUAUCAUCAACAAAGCGAAUGAGUUGCAAGUCGGACAAAAAGUGCGAGGCUUUGUCAAAUCGGCUGUUGAGAAAGCGGGUGUAUUCGUUGAUGUAGGAAGGAAUGUCACAGCACGUGUCAAGAUUUCUGAAUUAUCCGAUUCUUUCAUUGCCGAUUGGAAGAAUCACUUCAAAACCGGUCAAUUGGUCGAAGGUACGAUUACCGAUGUUGACUCAGCGAGCAACAAGGUAGAGAUGUCAUUAAAGUCAAAAGCCGGUGUGACAAAGACCAAGAAAGAAAGUGCAAAAUCAGUCGAUGCAACAAUGUUGGCCUCUUUGGAAGUUGGUCAAAAGAUCAAAGGUUUCGUUCGUGCUUUGGCGGAAUUUGGAGUAUUUGUUCAGAUUGAAGGUACAACCUUGAGCGGAUUGGCACAUAAGACUCAAUUGAGCGACGACGCUGAUCCUGAUCAAGCUGUCAAGGCAUUCAGUGUUGGUGAUAAGGUCAAAGCUGUUAUCUUGAAGCUUGAUGCGGAAAAGAAGAAACUCAGCUUUGGAUUGAAACCAAGUCUUUUCUCUUCAGAAGAUUUCGAAGAAUCAGAAGAUGAAGAAGACGAAGAAGAAGACGGAGACGGUAGCGAGGCAGGUAGCAGUGAUGUCGAAAUGGAUGCCGAUGCACUCUUGCAAGAUGAUUCGGACAAUGAGGAUAUGUUGGAAAUCGAUCAUGGCAGUGACAGUGAUGCGGAGGAAGACGAUGAUUCUGAAGAAGACAGCGAAGUCGAUAUUGAUGACCUUGAAGCCGACUUAGAAAGCGGAGACGAAGAUGAAGCCAUGGAAGAAAACGAUGAAGAGAGCGACGAUGAUGACCAUAUCGACAUUGACGCCGAAAUUCAAGCUUUAGCAAAAGAGGAUGGCGACCAAUGGCUCGAUUUUGAUCCUAACAAGAUAUCUGAUGACGAGGAUAGCUCAGACGAUGAUGACGAGGACGAAGAAGAAGAUUCUGACGAGGAAGCUAUUGAUCUUGAAGAAGACGAGACUGCUGUUGAAGCUUCGAAAAAGACCAACCAAAAGAAAUCUGCUGUAGCACCCGCCCUUCACUUGAGCGGUGGAUUCUCAUGGUCAGCCGACGGAAUCAAGAACGGCAAUGAAGAUUCUUCGGAUAAUUCAGACUCAUCUGAUGAUGAAAACGAAGAUUCGAACAAGCGAUCCAGGAAACGUGGCAAGAAAGCAAUGCAAGAAGAUUUGACAGCCGAUCUGGCUACAAAGAUGCCCGAAUCAGCGCAGGAUUUUGAACGUCUUUUAUUGGGUUCGCCCAAUUCUUCCUUCUUGUGGAUCCAAUUUGUCUCUUUCCAAGUUCAAUUGGGCGAUGUUGAAAAAGCAAGAGAGAUUGCCAAAAGAGCAUUACAAACUAUUCAUUUCCGUGAAGAGCAAGAAAAGUUCAAUGUUUGGCUUGCUUUGCUCAAUUUGGAAAAUACAUACGGAAGUGCUGAGACCUUGGAAUCGACAUUCAAAGAGGCUUGUCAGUACAAUGAACCAAAAGCAGUUCACCUUCGUCUUGCCGAUAUUCUGGAGCAAAGCGGCAAAUUGGAAGCUGCCCAAGAUCAUUGGAAACGGACAGCAAAGAAGUUUGGUUUGAGCAGCAAAGUAUGGCAAGGAUAUCAUAGAUUCCUGCUGAGAAAUGGCGCUCAAGGAUCACAUUCUGACGAUAGCCGUGCAGUAGUCUCAAGAAGUAUGCAAAGUUUGGACAAACGCAAACAUGUAAAAACGAUUCUUGCAUAUGCUUUAGAUGAAUUCCGCAUUGGUGAUUCCGAGCGUGGAAGGACAAUCUUUGAAGGAUUGGUGGAUAGCUAUCCAAAACGAUUGGAUAUUUGGUGGCAAUACAUCGAUCAAGAGACAAAAGGUCAAAACACAUCUCAGGUACGCGACUUGUUUGAACGAAUCUUGGCACUCAAGCUGUCGAGCAAAAAGAUUAAAUCAGUCUUGAAGAAAUGGCUCGAAUUCGAGAAGCGCCAUGGCGACCAAGCAGGUCAACAGGCCGUUUUGGCACACGCCAGAAGAAUUGUUGAAGAACAAAAGAAGAAGUCAGAGAACAACGAUGAGGAAGAUGAAGAGAUGAACUCAGACGAAGAGGAGGACUGAGGUGGCCUACAUGCAAAUUCCCUUUAUAGAUUCAUACUUUCCGUUUCAUAAUAUAACACUUAUCAAUUGUAUGAUCAAGA